GGGAGAUGUGGGAGCCGGACUGUGGGCGAGUCUAGGCUGUUGGAGUUCACCGCGCGCAGCUUUUAGGUUAAUUUGAGUAAGAGACCGGACCUGAUUGGCCCAGCUGUACAACCCUUUAAGAAAAUCCAUAUUCUCUGUGCAAGGAAAUAGUGACAUAGAUCAAGAUGAACGCCAUGCUAGAGACCCCCGAGCUCCCUGCCGUGUAUGAUGGGGUGAAGUUGGCUGCUGUAGCCGCCGUGCUCUAUGUGAUCGUCCGGUGUUUGAACCUGAAGAGCCCCACCGCCCCUCCUGAUCUCUACUUCCAGGACUCAGGGCUCUCACGCUUCCUGCUCAAGUCCUGUCCGCUUCUGACCAAAGAAUACAUUCCACCACUGAUCUGGGGGAAAAGUGGACACAUUCAGACAGCCUUGUAUGGGAAGAUGGGGCGGGUGAGAUCGCCACACCCUUAUGGGCAGCGGAAGUUCAUCACCAUGUCCGAUGGAGCCACAUCUACAUUUGACCUCUUCGAGCCCUUGGCUGAGCACUGUGUUGGAGAUGACGUCACCAUGGUCAUCUGUCCCGGAAUUGCCAAUCACAGCGAGAAGCAGUACAUCGGCACCUUUGUUGACUAUGCCCAGAAAAACGGCUAUAGGUGUGCCAUGCUGAAUCACCUGGGUGCCCUACCCAACAUUGAGCUGACCUCUCCGCGCAUGUUCACCUAUGGCUGCACGUGGGAAUUUGGAGCCAUGGUGAACUACAUCAAGAAGACGUAUCCGCAGACCCAGCUGGUCGUUGUGGGCUUCAGCCUGGGUGGUAACAUUGUGUGCAAAUACCUGGGGGAGACUCAAGCAAACCAGGAAAAGGUCCUGUGCUGUGUGAGCGUGUGCCCGGGGUACAGCGCGUUAAAGGCCCAGGAGACCUUCAUGCAGUGGGACCAGUGCCGGCGUUUCUACAACUUCCUCAUGGCCGACAACAUGAAGAAGAUCAUCCUCUCACACAGACAAGCUCUUUUCGGAGACCAUGUUAAGAAACCCCAGAGCCUGGAAGACACAGACUUGAGCCGGCUCUACACAGCAACAUCCCUGACACAGAUUGACGACAACGUGAUGAGGAAGUUCCAUGGCUAUAAUUCUCUGAAGGAGUAUGAUGAGGAAGAAAGCUGCAUGAGGUACCUGCACAGGAUAUAUGUCCCUCUCAUGCUGGUUAAUGCGGCUGAUGACCCCUUGGUGCAUGAAAGUCUUCUAACCAUUCCCAAGUCUCUCUCAGAGAAACGGGAGAAUGUCAUGUUUGUGCUGCCUCUGCAUGGGGGCCACCUGGGCUUCUUCGAGGGCUCCGUGCUGUUCCCCGAGCCCCUGACAUGGAUGGAUAAGCUGGUGGUGGAGUAUGCCAAUGCCAUUUGCCAAUGGGAACGGAACAAGUCCCAGUGCUCUGACACGGAGCAGGUGGAGGCUGAGCUAGAAUGAGGCCUCCAGACUCUGGCGUGCUCUAGCAACCCUCCUCUGGAACCCGCGCCCCCUCGCUGGCUCUUUCAGGUCUCCCAUCUCCCUAAGUGACCUGGAUCUGACCUCACACCAUUAGUCCUAGGGGGGGCCUCACCAUGCAACCUGUCUCAACUAGGAGGCUCU